CUGUCCUGGAUGGAGAACCAGAGCCUUGUGGCUCCUCUCCAGCAGCCCAUCGUGUUUGAGCUGGAGGGCUUCGACGUGGCCCCGGGCCAGGGCCCCUUCCUGUUCCUCCUGGCUCUGCUGGCCUACCUGCUGGUGCUGCUGGGGAAUGGCGUGGUGGCAAGCGUCAUCCUGCUGGAGCGCAACCUGCACAGACCCAUGUUUGUGAUGGUGUGCCACCUGGUGGUGUGUGACCUGCUGGGGGCCACGGCCGUGCUUCCCCGACUCAUGAUGCACUUCCUGCUGGGAGAGAAGAAGAUCGGCUACGCGCCCGCCAUCGCCCAGGGCUUCUGCGUGCACACCUAUGGUGUAGCGGUGCAAACCAUUCUGGGGGCCAUGGCCUACGACAGGUAUGUGGCCGUCUGCAAGCCGCUCAGGUACCACGCCAUCAUGACGCCGGGCCGGCUGCACGCCCUGUGCGCCCUGGCCUGGACGCUGGCACUGCUGCUCAUCGCUGUGCUGUUUGCCUUCCACAUCAACGUCCUGCUGUGCGGCCACACCAUCAAACACGUCUACUGCAGCAACCGCAGCAUCCUAAACCUGGCCUGCGCCCCCACCCCCAUGAGCAACAUCUAUGGUCUGUCCAUGACCUGGUCUUUGAGCACAGGGAUCUUCAUCAUCAUCGCUUUCUCCUACAUCAGGAUCCUGAGUGCGUCUCUGAAACAAGGCCGAACCGACCGGAAGUUCUUCAGCAUCUUGUUCAUCAUCGUCCCGCCGGCCGUCAACCCCGUCAUCUAUGGGCUGGCCAAAACGCCCCAAGAGCCCCUCAUGCCUCCACACAAAACCACCCUGAUCCAGCUGAGGAGAACCUUCAGCCUGGGGCACUUCUCAUCCCUCCCCAGAGGAGGGAACCUCCCCCUCCAGUGGGAGGGGGUCCUUACCAACAGGCCACGCGGCUCCUCUGACUUCCAGAUGUUUGCUCAGUAG